CAUCACUAGUAAUCAAUUCUGAUUAUUUUAAAAACAAAUAAAUUCGAAAUUUAUUCAGAAAUUAUAUAUACUACUGCAGUUUCUAGUGGUAUCUGGGAAGAUUUUUUUAAUGUGAUUUGUGUUUAAAGCUAGUAACCUAGUUUGAAGAACGUAUUCGAAAUGAAUAAUUCUGCUGCAAAGGUGGGAGAAAUAUUUACAGAAGCUGGCGCAGCUUUUAAUAAACUAGCAGAAAUGACGAUGAUGUUGCAUCCAAUGACGGAGCAGCAAUCAAGUACACAAUCAAAAACACCAGUUAAAAGAAAAAUUCAGGAUGAACGAUUAGGAGUAAGCAAUACUGGUUCAGGUCAGGUAACACUUAACAUGUUAAAUGCUCCAGAGUCUGAAAUGGAUGUUGAGGGACUUGGCAGUGAUGUCAAGUUGGAGUUUGAAUCCAGCACAGAAGAAGUUACAACAACAUAAGAGUAAAAUAUAAUACCAGAAUCUUUAUUGUAUUAUAAGUAUAAAUACUAUGUACAUAAUUAUAAUAUACAAAAUCUUUAAUUUUAGUUAUAAUUAACAAAUGUUCCGAUCAUUCUAUUACAUGAUAGCAUUGGAUUUUUCUAUUCCAUGAAGAAGAAGGUGAUUCAUAAAUCUUAAUGUGUGUCUUGUCAUUCAAAAUAUCUUCAAUUUCUUUAUCUACAUUAUCUCGAAUAGUCAAGGACUCAAAUAGCUCAAAAACUUUACCAGAUUUCUUCAUUCUUCUUUGAGCAUUUUUAUAACACUUCCAUGGUUGGGGCUCUAUGAUAAUCGAUUUUGAAUUUUCUUUGAGAAAUUUUAAGAAUUUUUGUAAUCCUAAAUCACCAGUAUUAAUAUGUAUCCACAUUGUGACAGAAAAACAAAAUACUAUAUCAAACA